AUGUCCUUCAACUACCUCAAAUGGGUUCUUGAGUUCCUUCUCUACCACCCAUUUUACAGCAUGCGUGUUCAUCAUCAUCAACCUCUGCUUCAAGAGUUUCAUCAGAUCGUUACAGAAGAAGAAGAAGAAGAAGAAGAAGAAGAACUGGAGAUAUGGCGUGCUGGUGGAGAAGAAGAAGAAGAAGUGGACUGUGCAGUGUGUCUGAGCAAGAUUGGUGAAGGAGACGAAAUUAGAGUACUGAGGUGUGAGCAUGUUUUUCAUAGGCUUUGUUUGAAUCAAUGGAUUGGGUUCAGCAACUUUACUUGUCCUCUUUGCAGAGACUUUCUGGGUUGUGGGAUUAGAACUGUACUCAGUGGUGAGAGAGGAAUUAGAGCUAAUCGUGUUCUUUUCUUCAAGUUUUCCUCAUUCUCGUCUGAUAAUUCUGAGUCUCAGAACUGGUGGCUACGGUGA